AUGUCUUCCUCGUUUUCUCGCUACGUCUUAAGCGAAGUCAUUCGUUAUAGACUUUUAUUCUCUUUUCUUAUUUCUCCCUUUUUUAUUUACUCUUUUUUUUUUCUGUCUUUCAUCUGCAUGUCAUUGCCUUUCUUCUUUAAGCAUCAUCUGUUUGAUUUACGUCUGGUUUUUCUGUUUUUCUUCCUUACUUCUUCGAUUCUUUUCAUUCAGUCGCGUUUUGAUUGCAUUCCUUUUCUUUCUUUUAUUAUUUUCCUUCUGCCUAUCACAUUGUUUUAUUUCAUUUACUCUUUUUCUUCCUUUCUUUCUUUACUUAAUUACUUUUUUCUUUCUUUUCAUUCAUUUCUACUCAUUUUGCAUUUAUUCUUUCUUUUUCUUUCCUUCUUUCUUUCAUCCGUUCUUUCUUUCGUUCUUCUCUACUUGACUACACGCUUUAUUUCUUUUUCUUUUAUAUUGAAUCUUCUUUUCAUUCUUUCUUUCUUUCUUUCUUUCUUUCUUUCUUUCUUUCUUUCCAAAUACACGAUUUUCCUUCUGCUUAACAUAUUAUUUCUUUUUUAUUUACUCCAAAUCUUUUUUUCAUUCUUUCUUUCUUUCUUUCUUUCUUUCUUUCUUUCUUUCUUUCUUUCUUUCUUUCUUUCUUUCCAAAUACAGGACUUUAUAUUUUCUUUUACAUUAAAUAUUCUUUCUUUCUUUCUUUCUUUCUUUCUUUCUUUCUUUCCUUUCUUUUUCCAAAUAUAUUUAUUUUUCAUUUUUCUUUUACGUUUUUUCAUUAUUCUUUCUUUCUUUCUUUCUUUCUUUCUUUCUUUCUUUCUUUCCAAAUACAGGACUUUAUUUUUUCUUUUACGGCUUUCCUUCUGCCUAAUAUAUUUCUUUUUUUCAUUUUCAUUCAUUCAAUUCAUUCAUUCUUUCUUUCAUUCUUUCUUUUUUUCUUUCUUUCUUUCUUUCUUUCUUUCUUUCUUUCCAAAUACAGGACUUUAUUUUUCUUUUACGUUGAAUAUUCUUUCUUUUUUUUUAUUUCUUUCUUUUUUUCUUUUUAAAUACAGGGCUUUCCAUCUGCCUAACAUAUUUCUUUUUCAUUUACUCCAACUCUUUUUCUUUCUUUCUUUCUUUCUUUCUUUCUUUCUUUCUUUCUUUCUACUAUAA